AUGGCGGACACUGCGGAUUUCACGAUCAAGCCUGACAACUCUGGCCAGAGCCUUCACUAUUCGGAUUGGCCGCUUCUUCUGAAGGACUAUGACAAGCUUCUUGUACGCAGCAGCCACUUUACCCCCAUUCCUCACGGCUGCUCGCCUCUGAAGCGUGAUAUCGCCUCGUAUGUGAGCAGCGGUGUCAUCAACCUCGACAAGCCAUCGAACCCGUCGUCGCACGAGGUCGUGGCAUGGCUGCGCCGCAUUCUUCGUGUGGAAAAAACCGGUCAUUCGGGUACACUUGACCCGAAAGUCACUGGCUGUCUUAUUGUGUGUAUCGACCGUGCUACUCGUCUUGUCAAGUCUCAGCAGGGUGCGGGUAAGGAGUAUGUUGCUGUUCUUCGCCUCCAUGAAAAGCUGGAUGACCCCAGCAAACUUCCCCGUGUGCUUGAGACACUUACCGGUGCGCUUUUCCAGCGUCCUCCCUUGAUCUCGGCGGUCAAGCGUCAGCUUCGUAUCCGUACGAUCUACGAGUCGAAGCUCAUUGAGUUCGACAAUGAUCGUCACCUGGCAGUGUUCUGGGUGAGCUGUGAGGCUGGAACGUACAUCCGUACGCUCUGUGUACACCUUGGUCUCCUUCUUGGUGUCGGUGGCCACAUGCAGGAGCUCCGCCGUGUGCGCAGUGGUGCGCUGAGCGAGAACGACGAUAUUGUGACGAUGCACGACGUGUUGGAUGCCCAAUGGCUAUACGACAACCAGCGUGAUGAGUCGUACCUACGCAAGGUGAUCCGUCCGCUAGAGUGCCUGUUGGUUGGCUAUAAGCGUAUCGUUGUGAAAGACAGCGCCGUGAACGCUGUGUGCUAUGGUGCGAAGUUAAUGAUUCCUGGUUUGCUUCGCUUCGAGGCCAAUAUUGGGCUCAACGAUGAAGUUGUGCUUAUCACCACCAAGGGCGAGGCCAUUGCUAUCGGUAUCGCCCAGAUGACCACGGUGGAUCUUUCUACGUGUGACCACGGUAUCGUCGCCAAGGUGAAGCGCUGCAUUAUGGAGCGAGACACAUACCCACGCCGCUGGGGUCUGGGCCCCAAGGCCCUGGAAAAGAAGAAGCUUGUUAAGGAGGGUAAGCUUGACAAGCACGGCCACGAGAUUGAGGGCGUAACUCCUGAGAAGUGGUCGAAGGAAUAUGUCGACUACUCCAAGCCGGAGGCUGACGAUGCUUCGGGUGACGUCUCGAUGUCGCAGCCUAAGGCUGAUGAGGACGAGGACGAGGACGAGGAAGAUGCUGUAGUGGAAGUCUCGACCGAGUCCAAGAAGAAGCGCAAGGCUGAGGACGCCGAGGCCGACUCGGACGACGAGGAGACAGAGGAAGAGCGCAAGCGUCGCAAGAAGGAAAAGAAGGAGGCCAAGAAGGCCAAGGAGGCUGCGGGCGAGUCGACGGAGAAGAAGAAGGAGAAGAAGGACAAGAAGGAGAAGAAGAAGAAGAGCGAGUAA